AAAAUUUAAUCAAUCAUAAGGAUGAAGAAGGAUUUACCCCUUUGAUGUGGGCUGCAGCUCAUGGGCAGAUAGCAGUAGUGGAAUUUCUCCUCCAGAAUGGCGCAGAUCCUCAGAUUCUGGGGAAGGGUCGAGAAAGUGCCCUCUCCCUGGCCUGCAGUAAAGGAUACACAGAUAUUGUCAAAAUGCUACUGGACUGUGGAGUUGAUGUCAAUGAGUAUGACUGGAAUGGAGGAACACCUUUACUGUAUGCAGUGCAUGGAAACCAUGUGAAAUGUGUAAAGAUUCUCCUUGAAAGUGGUGCUGAUCCAACUAUUGAAACAGAUGCUGGCUGUAAUUCCAUGGAUUUAGCUGUAGCCUUGGGCUAUCGGAGUGUUCAACAGGUUAUUGAGUCUCAUUUAUUAAGGCUACUCCAAAAUAUCAAGGAAUAA